AAUAAAAUAAACAAACGGGAUUAUUUUUUAACCGAUACCCAACCCCUUUUUUCAUCUCUUCAACGAAAUCACAGAACCCAAACUCGCAUUGCCUGUCCAUAAUCCCCAAACUGCCCUCUCCUCCCCCAGCCACCGUCCAAUUUUCUUUAUGGAUCGCCGGACGAUCUCCACGAGAAAAGGCUCGAAGCGAAAGUUGGAGCAAGAUUUCGAACACGAAAAUCAAGAUCGCCACAAGAUCCCGGCCACCGACACUGCCGCCGGCUACGAGAGUCACCAGAAACUAACGCGUCAUAUUCAAACGCAAGUUGAUAUCCUCAAUUCUUCCUUCUCUUCUCUUGAGGCAGAUCGCGCCGCCGCCAGGCGCGCCACUAGCGUCCUCUCUCAAUUUGCCAAAACAGAGGAACUCGUGGAUACGAUGGUGGAUUGUGGUGCGGUGCCCGCGUUGGUGAUGCACCUUCAAGCGCCACCGCAUACGAGAGGGGAAAAUGGUUCAAAACUGUAUGAACAUGAAGUAGAGAAAGGAAGUGCUCUGGCUCUUGGACUUCUUGCUGUAAAACCGGAGCAUCAACAACUAAUAGUAGAUGCUGGAGCUCUGACCCAUCUCGUGGAAUUGUUGAAGAGACAUAAGAGUGUUGAUAACUCCCGAACAGUCAAUGGUGUUGUUAGGAAAGCAGCUGAUGCAAUCACUAACCUUGCUCAUGAGAAUAGUGGCAUCAAAACACGUGUCAGGAUUGAAGGUGCCAUCCCCUAUCUUGUUGAAUUGCUUGAACAUGCUGAUGCUAAGGUACAGAGAGCAGCUGCAGGUGCCUUGCGGACCCUUGCAUUCAAAAAUGAUGAGAACAAAAAUCAGAUUGCAGAAUGUAAUGCUCUACCCACUCUUGUAAUAAUGCUUGGAUCCGAGGAUACUGCUAUACAUUAUGAAGCGGUUGGUGUGAUUGGAAAUUUGGUUCACUCGUCCCCACACAUAAAGAAAGCAGUUCUUCUUGCUGGAGCUUUACAACCUGUAAUUGGAUUGCUAAGCUCUCCCUGUUCAGAAAGCCAAAGAGAAGCAGCUUUGUUAUUGGGUCAAUUUGCAGCAGCUGAUUCAGAUUGCAAGGUGCACAUUGUUCAGAGAGGAGCUGUCAAGCCAUUAAUUGAUAUGCUUGAGUCCUCAGAUGUGCAGCUCAAAGAAAUGGCAGCCUUUGCGCUUGGGAGGUUGGCUCAGGAAACACACAACCAAGCUGGAAUCGCACAUAAUGGUGGUAUCGUUCCAUUACUUAGGCUUCUUGAUUCCAAAAGUGGACCACUUCAACACAAUGCUGCUUUUACCCUAUAUGGUCUUGUGGAUAAUGAGGAUAAUGUUGCAGAUCUUAUCAAGGUUGGGGGUUUUCAGAAACUCCAAUAUGGAGAAUUCAUUGUCCAACAAACAAAGGAUUGUGUUGCGAAAACAAUGAGAAGGCUAGAGGAGAAGAUUCACGGACGGGUAUUGAACCAUCUCUUAUAUUUGAUGCGGGUUGCUGAAAGGAAUAUUCAGAGACGAGUUGCUCUGGCUCUUGCUCAUCUUUGUGCUCCUGAUGACAGAAAAGUAGUUUUUCUUGAUAAAAAUGGGUUAGAUUUGUUGUUGGGGCUUUUGGAGUCUGGAAGCGUGAAGCUGCAAUGUGAUGGCUCGGUAGCAUUAUACAGGUUGGCUACCCAAGCCAGCUCAGUAUUUCCUGUGGAUGCAGCUCCUCUAUCUCCAACCCCGCAGGUGUAUUUGGGUGAGCAAUACGUCAACAAUCCUACAUUGUCUGAUGUUACAUUCUUAGUCGAAGGAAAGCGGUUCUAUGCUCACCGAAUUUGUCUGCUUGCUUCUUCGGAUGCUUUCCGUGCGAUGUUUGAUGGGGGGUACAGGGAAAGGAAUGCAAAAGAUGUGGAGAUUCCAAAUAUUAGAUGGGAUGUUUUUGAAUUGAUGAUGAGGUUCAUAUAUACAGGAUCAGUGGAAAUCAAUGUAGAUCUUGCUCAGGAUCUCCUUAGAGCUGCUGACCAAUAUCUUUUGGAUGGUCUCAAGCGUCUAUGUGAAUGUACCAUUGCACAGGAUAUUUCUGUGGAAAAUGUCUCUCUCAUGUACGAGUUGUCCGAGGGCUUCAAUGCUAUGUCAUUAAGGGAAUCAUGCAUUCUAUUCAUAUUGGAGCAAUUUGACAAAUUAUGUACCAAGCCAUGGUCAUCGCAUUUGAUCCAACGUAUUAUGCCUGAUAUACGCCAUUACUUCGAGAAAGCGCUUAGCAAGCCUACCAAACUAACUUGAGGCAACUGUAAAUUGAUUUGGCCCGGGUCUUGAUCUUUCAACUAACCAUUAAGAUGGAAGGCAAAGUGUACAGAAAUCUUCAAGUUGUCGAGCUAAUAUGGGGGAAUCCAGCUACAGUCUUCUUUGCACAAGCAGUUAGUGAAGUCCCCUGUUAAUGCAAAUGCCACUUUUGUUCUUUAUUUUUCUUCAAUCAUUCAUUCAUCCAUCUUGAAGCAAUCAGUGGUUUGGUUGCCCAAUCAUGUUGCAACACGUACAUCAUUUGUCGGACUAAUUCAGUAGUGAAGCAGGAUGUUUAUGGAUUACCCGAUAUGUGUUCGUGGGAGCAUACAUUUGCAAUUAUUUUCCUUGAAAGGAAUCGUUUUUCACUCCUUACUGUUGAGAAUUGAAAUGAAGGAGUCAUUCUCUUACUGUACUGCUUGUGCAGGAGAGAUUUACUUAUGGCGUACACACAAUUUGUCAAGGAAGUGAUAUGAUUAAAGGAAUUUAAUCAAAACAAUAUUAGAUUAUAAGUCCCUAAUUAAAUCCUAAGUAGAAUUUAUUGUUCCCUUUUCAAUAAAGCAUUGCUUAUUUUAA